UCCGUGAAGGUGUUCCGUGAUAUGGUGUGAACAAAAAUUGGAAAAUUUCAUAAUUUCCAGUGUCCCGUGCUGUAAAAAUCCGAUAAACCUACAGCCCAAACGCCAGAGUAUCGGAAAAGUGUGCGGAACCAUCACUAGCGAAGUUUUACUACAUAAUUAGCAGAGGCAGUGAGACAGAGAGACACAUAGCGUUUAGUUAAGAAGAUAGAAAAGAGAGCAGCAAUCCAGUUGUAGACGACGACCCCAAAGCAGAGUCCCAUUUUAUAUCGAUUGCGCACAAGUUACGGCUUAGAAUAAAACUCCCGAAGCAGCCAUUUUUGCAAAAGUAAUACCUGUUUUGUAAAACGAAUCGAGUAUGCAAUUCCAAGGCGCAGCACAACCGCACCAGGGUGGUUUCCGUGGACCGCGACCGGAAAAGAACGACUUCUAUGUUGGGCAGCCCGGCACUAAGCCGCCGCACUUUAUGAACAAGCAAGGCCCACCCUCUAUUCCGCCGUUCAACGCGAACGCGUUCGUUGGACCCAAACCGAUGUAUCAGCAGAACGCCAUGAAUGGCGUUGGCCCGGGAGGGUUUAACAAGUUUGGUGGUGGUGGCCGUGCAUUCGGUGGCCAGCCGGGAACCAUGCCGAAGAAGGACUUCGGUGGACCGAAGAUGUAUGGACCCGGUGGCAGUAAGCCAUACGGCGAAGACAAGCCUUUCGACACGUUCGGCGGCCCAAAGAAGUACCAGAGCUCGAACCCAGGCAUGGGCAUGGGCAUGGGUUACGGUGGUGGCACGGGGAGCCGUAACGGGUUCGGACCGCGAUCAGACUACAACGGUUUCAACAAGGAUGACCGUGCGAAGAUCCAGUCGCUGAAGGCAAAGUACCCGGGACAGAACCUGAUGAAGCCGAUGUGGGAAAACUUGGAACCGUUUCAGAAGGAUUUCUAUGUGCCGCACCCGAAUGUGAUGGCCAGAUCGUCGGAGGAAGUCCAGACGUUCCGCGAGCAGAUGCAGAUCACUGUGAUGGGCAACAAUGUGCCGCAUCCGUGUCAGAACUUCGAGGAGGGUAACUUCCCGGAGUACGUGAUGACCGAGAUCAAGAAGCAAAGUUUUCCACGUCCGACUUCUAUCCAGUCGCAGGGUUGGCCAAUUGCGCUGAGUGGCCGCGAUAUGGUUGGCAUUGCACAGACAGGUUCUGGCAAGACGCUCGCUUACAUGCUGCCGGGAUUGGUACACAUCUCGCACCAGAAGCCGCUGAGUCGUGGUGAAGGUCCGAUUGUGUUGGUGUUAGCGCCUACUCGUGAACUCGCCCAGCAGAUCCAGACUGUGGUUCGGGACUUUGGAAACCAUUCGAAACCCAACAUCCGUUACACGUGCGUGUUCGGAGGAGCCCUGAAAGGACCUCAGGUGCGUGAUUUGGAGCGUGGUGUUGAGGUGGUAAUUGCUACCCCUGGCCGUUUGAUUGAUUUUCUCGAGCGAGGCAUCACUAAUCUUCGUCGUUGUACGUACCUCGUCUUGGACGAAGCAGAUCGAAUGCUUGACAUGGGUUUCGAGCCCCAGAUUCGUAAGAUUGUUGAACAGAUUCGUCCGGAUCGGCAGGUGCUGAUGUGGUCGGCAACAUGGCCAAAGGAGGUGCAAACGCUGGCGGAAGAUUUCCUGCGCGACUACAUCCAGAUUAACAUCGGAUCGCUAAGCUUGGCGGCAAACCACAACAUUCACCAGAUUGUGGAUGUGUGCGAGGAGAAUGAAAAGGAGGGAAAGCUGUUGAAGCUGUUAAAGGAAAUUGCAACCUCGGAUGCAACAAACAAGAUCAUCAUUUUCGUCGAAACAAAGAAGAAGGUUGACGAUUUGCUGAAAAACAUUGUGCGCGAUGGCUAUGGGGCGACGUCUAUUCACGGCGACAAGAGCCAGACUGAGCGUGACUACGUGCUGCAAGAUUUCCGGCAUGGCAAGAGCACAAUUCUGGUAGCGACAGAUGUCGCAGCACGUGGCCUCGACGUGGAAGACGUGAAGUACGUCAUCAACUUCGACUAUCCGAACUCAUCGGAGGACUAUAUCCAUCGUAUUGGGCGCACGGGACGCUGCUCGCAGUACGGUACUGCGUACACAUUCUUCACACCAAACAACGGACGCCAGGCACGGGAACUGUUGUCGGUGCUGGAAGAGGCCGGUCAGCAGCCAACUGUAGAGCUGAUCGAGAUGGCGAAGUCGGCACCGGGCGGCAAAGGCGGUAGACUCCGUUACUCGACGCGCGGCAGCUAUGGUGGCGGAAGCAGCAUGAGCAGCUACCAACGGCGACCACCGUUCAACGGUGGCGGUGGAUUCGGUGGCCCACCGAAGUACGGCGGUAUGCAGAACGGUCCAAUGGGUAUGGGCAACAAGUUUGGUGGCAUGCCGAACAAAUACCGUGACGGAGGCAUGUACCGUAGCGAGAAUAACUGGAACAAGGGCCCGAACGGACCGGCAAUGAUGGGUGGCCCAGGAGGCUACCAAUCCCACUCGCCUCAGUCUCCGCAGGCUGCUGCGGUAGCUGCCGCAUCCGGCCAGCAAAUGUACGAACCGCCUCAGGCACAGAUUCGUGCCUAUCACCCGAAGAACAUCUAUCCGGGACAGUUCGAUGACUACACCGCAUUGUUUGCGGGUGGUGCGGCCGCUGCUGCUCCCGGUGGUGGCAUGCGCUACUACCAGAACAAGGCGCACCAGGGCGGUCCGGGUGGUAUGCAGCCGGGCUCGCAGCCUGGUGGCCGGUACAACCCGAACGGCGGCCAAUUCAAUAUGGAUGGCACACCGAAACCGAACAACGGUCGUGGAACGUAUCCACCGAAACAGUAUAACAAUAGCUACGCUGCCGGACCGGCAAAUCCGAGCCACCAGUAUCCACAGUUAGCUGCGGCCGCCGCAGCUGCCGCUGCCGGGCAGACCAUGCCGACGGCGGCCCCGGCCGGCUUUACCGGAUUCGAUCCGACCGGUGGACUGCAGUAUCAGGCAUCGUACCCAAUAACGGCUGCCACCGCCACGUAUUAUCCAUAUCCGGCGGCAACCGCUCCACCGCCACCACCCCAGGCCCAGGCGGCCCCCGUUGUUCCGCCAGUGCAGCAGUAAGUGGGACAUGUGCAACUUCACGUCCUCACGUCAACACAACACCCCUUAACACGAUCGGAGAGAGAAAGCAAGGUUAGUUUUUAGCAUCUUCCUUAUUUAUCCAACCAAUCAUAGUACCUAGAAAAUAUCGAACUUGUCCAUACGCGGGCAAAAAACGUUGAAGUAUCGAUUUUGUUUAGUAGAAGAAUGAGGGGAAAACACUUUAAUGAAAGUAUCUCACAUUAGCAGAAGCAGUAGGGUGAACAUAUUUUGACACAAUUGCAGCGCAAAUGCUAUGUUUCAUCCUGUAGGUUAUACGAAAUCAAUUUAUAAUAUUAUUGCUACUCAGUUUCCUUUUUAUACUUUCAUCCCGGAAGAUACGAAACUUACGUUGCUGAAAACUUCUGAUCGGAAGAACAUAUACUAUAAUACUAUAUAACCUUUUUGCAAAUGAUUAUAUGAGAAGCUAACGAUAAUACACUUUUAACUCGUGUACGCACGCUGCCACAUUGAGCGGUGUGUGCAGGCGCGAGAGAAGAAGAGCGCAGCAGCGUUUGCGGAACGAGUAUAUACGAUAUACAUUAAUUUGAUUUUUUUUUUGUUCAUUUUCCCUUAUUACAACAAAUGUUAUAAUCUAGAUUGGUAACGUUUAAAGCCCCUGUAAAACAACGUGUACGGCAAGCAAAUGCGUUGCGCCUGCACCGUAGCUACAGUUCGUUUGUACGUAAAGGAACUGUUUGAUAAAGGUUCAUGGUUUCCGCGUCAAACGACAGUAGAAUAGAAGCAGAAGAAGAAAAAAACACACACAAUUUUGUUAAACGAACAGUCGUCAUUCAGAACUUCUACGGGAAAAUCCGGUGGUAUGUCACGCAAUUGUUGCACGAAACGAGUCGCCAAAACCAAACAAAGAUACGAAAGCUCUCAAAAUACUAAAGCUGAUUGUUAAUAGCGGAAAGCAUUUUAGGGGAAGUGUAGCGCUGGUUUUAAUCAUUCCCUUUUAGUCUGACCAUCGAUUGAGGGGAAAUGAGAUCCAGCUCUUUGGGAUCCACUGGAUGCAGUGGAUGGAUCCAGUUUAUUUUAAAACAAUUCCUGUGAGUACCCAGACUAUUUUGCUGUAUUUUCCGGAUGUUAUUUCGCCGGAUGCACUAUUCUGGGUAUCUUUUGUUCGACAGAAAUCGAAAAAAGCAUUUCGUUUAGGCAUUAGUCUCCCUUUUGGGUUAUGCUUUGUGUACGUUUGUCAGAACAGCAACGGAACUGAAUCUCCUGAUUUGUAUUUGUGACAUGUUUCAUGAUGAGUGUAUAACGAUUAAAACAAAAUCAAGCAGAGUAUGGCAAUGUUAGGAAUCGUAAUGGGAACUGUUGAUUGAUAGGGAACAUUAUUUUAACAUGCGAAAAAAGAGAUGGCGAGCCACAUUUGUUGCAUAACGUUACACAAUACCAAAGCAUCAUUAUCCUAAUGUGUGAAUGCUUUGGUAUAGGAGUAUUCUCUAAAGUAGUGAAAACAACUGCUUACAGUCUGCUGGGGGUAAUGUGUUAGCCAAAAACAAACAAAAAUACGAUACAUAUUUUGUAUGAACAUUCAAACGAUUGUACUCACAUAACGCAGGACGCGGGGAAACAGUUCAAGGGCAUAGAAGCGUCCCGUUUCCUUUUUGUUUUCUCGUUUUUGUUAUCUAAACCCACCCACAAUAGUAAACAGAUACAUUCCUUUACACUCCGACACCGAUGGUUGGCAUCAGAAGUAGUAGAAGAAAACAUAUUCCAAACUUCCAAGUCAAGUGCGUACCUGUGUAAAUCUGAUGAUGGUGGAACAAAAUGCAAAAGAAAACUCCACACAGCAGCCGCGAGAAUCUCUUUUGCAUAGGAAAUAAGAAGAAAAAAACAUACAACAUGCGAUUGUCGCAGCAACUUCACGAAGCAUACGAUAGAGACAAUUCGAUAUACUAUGUUUUUUUUACCGUUCCUAUGAUGUUCACUUAUAUUUUCUAAACUCUAUUACAUGUAUUAGCGUGUGUAUGGCGCAACAGUUUCCGAUAAGGAGCAAGCAGUUGAACGAUAAGUUCAACGAUCGUUACAUGAAAUAGCGCACGAGUUACGUUUUCGAGCGAAAAGCUACAAGCGUCUGACUAUGCUUGUUGCUGCCCAAGCUUUGCGAAAGCCCCUCGCGCAUUAUCUAGUCAGAUUUGGCAGAGAAAUCCCUCCCCAAGAGUGGGCAGCGUGUUUUGCACAUGACAUUGCUAUUUAGAUGGUUAAGCAAUUUGAACGUAACAACGGAAGCAGUUCAAAGCUCCCCAAAAUAUUAUUCGGAUAUCUUCACUUUGACCGUGGUGUUAUGCACGUCGAAGCGUUCACCGGGAAUAAUAGUACGCCGGGCGUGUGCCACGAUAGUGAACCACCACUAGGGGAAACACUCGGGGGGAUAUAUUCUCCACAAGUAAUAGUAAACAAGAAGGGGAAAAUGUCAUUACUCACACAUUAACAAAAACAAACCAAAUGCCUUCUGUAAACUGUGAUCGAAUCUCGUGUUCCUUAUUCAAUGCUACUCUCCGGACGGGACGCCCAAGAGUGUUGUAUGAUUUGUGUAAUUUAGCUCACGAAGGCCAAAGUAAUACGCUUGUUUAGUCGGGUAAAAUUAAAAAAACCAAUUCGUACAACAGAGGUAUAGGUUCUUGAAUGUGUUUUUUUUUGCACUCUCUGUUCGAUGGAGUGAUAGUGGGAUAUUUUUUUACCAAUACCCCGAAUGUUGCGUAACAAAACAAAACUUCAAAUCGCAAAAGCAAAAAAAAACGCAAUUAAAUCAACAAAUUGGUCAUUUUGCGAUACUAGCAUUAGUUUGUUCCAGAAUGAGAAAGAGAGUUUCACGUAUUGUUUUAAGUAUUCGGUGCCUGUGAGCUAAAAGAAAAACUUGCGAGAAAUAUGAUAACGAACAACCGUGUUUUUUUUUAUUAAAUCACGGCAAAACAUGUUCUUGCAAACAGAGAAUCAUGUGAAUAGACUGGGGCUUGAGAUCGUUAAAGUAGAGAGUACCAGUGUGAAUGUGUUGUUCCGUCGAAUAAGGAUCACCGAACCAGACUGAACCGAUUCGAAUACGCACCUUUUCUAAUAUACUACAAACGUAGGAUAAAAUCCUAAAACGAAUAAUCCCACCAACCUCUGUAAUGCCAGAUAUAGCGUACAUAAAAUUGCAACAGCGCGCUAACCCAGUCGUGUUGCGCAUGCGGGGGGGGGGAGGGCUACAUCCGAAUAG